AUGCUGCCUGAUUUUUAUUUUACAUUACACUUUUCUUGUGGACUAUUGGCAUCAGUUAUUGGUCUAACUUUUUGUAUAAUGACUAUUUGUAUCGUUAUUAUCAAUCGACAAUGUCAUGAUGUUACUAAUCUAUUAGGAUGUAAUACAUGUACUACUGUUAUUUUCUAUUAUAUUAUAAUUAUUAUUAUGUGUAUUUAUGGAUUGCGAGAAGAUUGGGCAUUUAAUUCACCACAAUGUGCUUUUCGAGGCUAUUGUUAUACAGUUAGUAUUGCUCUUAUUUGCAAUUCAUUUGCUAUUCAAGCGAUUAGUCGUCUAUUUUUUGCUGUUUUCUAUAAAUAUAGAUAUCUUCAUAAUUAUCGUACGCAUUACAUAAUGAUUAUCAUUCACUGGUCCAUCAGUUUUCUAGCAUCAAGUAUACCUUUUUUUAUUGAGUCUUCAUAUGGAUUCGAAAAAGAAUCUCGUGCUUGUGUUUUGACAACAAAAGUAUUUGCAGGCUCAAUGUAUGCUGGUGUAAUUGUAUGUCUUAUACCAUUAAAUACUGUAACAAUUGUUUAUGGGAUUAUUCUUUAUCGAGUUCGUCAAUCUACACGACGAAUAACAAUGAUUGUUCCGACUACAUUAAAUGGGGUUCCUAGAAAUAAUAUUGCAACUCCAAAUAUGAAACGUGAAAUCAAAAUAAUGCAACAAAUGUCAACUCAGAGUAGUUUGAUGUCAGGUGGAGGAUUACUCAUGUUUUUUCUUUGUAUUUGGUAUAAAAUUCAACAUUCGGCGCCUGAAGUAUUGUACUUGUUAGCUAUUACUCUAAUAACGAUUUGUGUCACAUUAUUAACAAUCACUCAGUUUAUUAUGAACACAAAAGUAAAAAAUAUUGCUAUGCAUUAUAUUUAUCCACGUCCACCUGCUACGACUAUUCAAACUACGACAUUAGUUCGACAGGCUGCACAACAAGCUAGAGAAUGA